AUGUGGGCCAAAAUCUGUGGACGCCUGGCUCAAAUAUUUCAGCCGGACACGAAUAUUUUCACUCCUCUUCGUGUUGGUCUCACUCAGAUUUUGGAUGCACUGGAAAGUGAUGUGAAAAUUCCCAAAAGCUGCCAGGGAAUAUUUCCAGAUGUGGAAAACAAAAUGAACUCUACUUUGAAGCUUGUUACUUGGAUGUUGAAUAUAAUGAUGCGACCUUAUUGUUCUUUGAAUAUGUCAAAAAUAACUUGUGUGAACGUUUACUUAAAAAAUGUGACUGACUUUCUAAACGUUAUACUUAAUGCAAUCUUUGAAAAAGGAAAGGUACCAAAGUCUGAGAUUUUAUUAAGUCUUUUAAAUGAUUCUACAAACCAAGUAAGGAUGCUUAUCAACAACUUAACAAGGGACUUUGAUUUUGUGCCUCAAUCCAACUGGAAACAUUUUACUGAAUUAAUUCUAAAACCCAUAGAAAUGUCAGAUGAAAUGCCUCGUCAGUUUCAAAGUAUUUGGCUGCAUUUAGUAGCUCUGGGGAAGGAAACUCAAAAACUUGUGAAAGAUAUUUCCCCUAACAUCCUGGAAAAGAGCACCUCUUCCAACACUGAAAAAAAAUUAAACAUAUUUGCUACCAGUCCAAAGGGAAAUGGUAUACACAGCUUAGGCCGUUCAUUUUAUCAGUUAGCUAGUUACCUUGCCUUCAAUUUAUCUCAUGAUUUCCAAAAUUCACCCCAGAUAAUUUCUCAUGGAUUAAUGAAAGCCUUGGGUCUCAGUAUUGAAUUCAUGAGGGAGGCAUUCAACGCCCUGACGCCCUCAGUUUAUCACGAUAUUCCACAAGAACCAGGUAAUUUUUAAGUUUUAAACAAGGUAACUUCUCUCCUGUGCAGGGUCAAGAAAACAGACAUACACCUGCUAGUAGACCAGCUGGAACAGAUAAUAGUGGGAUUGCUGGAUUUCUUUAAGAAUGUCAAUAGGUUAGGUACUGGCAGUUUGGGGGUCAGCUUCCUUGUUUACUUGAUGGAAAAACUUGUUGACAGCUCACAUUCUUGGAGUGUUAACCACCUGCUGAGGUUCUCACACCUGCUCCCUAAAGAGGACACAGAUGCCUCCGUCGACGUGUACUAAGUGCUCUCUCAUGCCAUGAGGCUCCUGCGGGGCAUGGGUGACAAAAACAUCAUGGAUACCCUCAAGGACCUCUGUAACUUCACACUCCUGCAUGGCAUAAGCCUUUCAGACGUCACCAAGGAAGACUUCGCUAUUAUGAUUAAAACUCUUUUGGACACAAUUGAAUAAAUAUCAGACCAAGCAGGCAUCCUUUCAGAGGCUUUAACUUGUCUUCCUGUGUUUUGCUGCUGGAAUCACACAACUUCUAAAUUUAAGCAGAAUCCAAGGUCAGCAGCCUGUGAUGCCUACAAGCUCACGUCUCCUUCCUUUUACAGCAAAGUGGUCAGUAUCCUUGACCACCUCCACCUGUCUUCCCCAGGUGAAGACUCACAAUGUUGGACUGAAAGAUCACAGGUGGAAAUAACUAGGAAAGUAGCCUGUGUAAUUCAUGAGUUAAGGGACUGGAAUUCCAUUCUUCUAGAGCUCUCCAAAAUCUUCCAUAUUAAAACUUCCCUUGUGAAAACUGUGCAAGAAUUUUGGCAUAAGGUGUUACAAUUUGUCCCAUUUUCUGGAAAUUAAAGCAAUAGCAGCAUCUCUGAACUUUGUCCCAGCGGUUCCAUAAAGCAAAUUGCUUUGCAAAUCAUAGAAAAAUUAAAAAAAGGCAACUUUACAAAAGCCACAUCAGAUGAAAACCUCCUUGAUAAACUAGCUAGUUUAAACAAGAUCCUUAACGUUGAUGAAGGAACAGAAUCAUCUGUUAGAAAUAUUUCCUUACAUUUGGAAAGGAUAAUAAACUUGCUUUCUAGGGAUGAGAGCCUAGAAAAUAGUGCUAAUUCUGUAGUCUCUCCAUUCAUGACAUUUCUGAAUGAAAACCUUACGGGUGGUAGUUUAGAAGCACUAUCACGUUUUAUUAAAAAAAGUGAAACAACUUACAACUUUGAAGAACUAUGGCUUGAGUUUGAACAAAUCAUGAAAGAAACCCAUAACGUUAGUAUCAGACCCCUGUUUUCUGAAAUUAACAAAGAAAUGAAAAUUACUAAUUCAGUGGCUCUUCAAAACCUAACUUUGCCACUUGCCCAUUUUUUCGAAAGCCUGGAUUCAUCAUCCUUGAAGACAUUAGAAAUCAUUGAAGAUUUUUUAUUGGUCAUAAAUGCAAAUGAAGAUUACUCCAAAAUGAUACAAACAUUAUUUCUUCUUACAGCUAACAAGAGUUCAACUGAUGAUAUAGCUUUGUUGACUAAAGAUGUUGCUACCAUUUUGGGUAAUCUCAAAAAUGUUUCCAGAGAAGAUAAUUUUCAUGUUGCCUUACUUCUUCAUCUGCUAAACCAAGAACAGCUAACUAAUUUCUCAGUUGUUCAGCUGCUUUUUGAAAGCUUCCUAAUUAAUUCAAUCAACAACUUAGCUGAGAGUGCUCAAGAAGCAGCCUUGAAUUUAAGUGAUACCAACCUUCAAAUAAUGAAUUUCAUUAACCUCGCUUUGAACCAUACACAGUCAGAAAAUGGUGAGAGAAUCAUUCUCCCUCCAAGAAGCAUAGUGGAUUUCUUGGAACAGCUUUUGAAAACAAUCUUCCCCUUUUUACUAAAGGAAAAUUCUGGGGACAAAAUAUAUCUUCUGCUGAAAGACUUCCACGAAGAUGUUAUUGCAGAGAUGAGUUUUGUCCCAAAGGAUAAAAUUCUAGAAAAUUUGAAACUGGAUCAUUUUCUUAUCUCCAUGAAAGAGGACAGAUUGGAGAACAUUUUUUCAUCUUUAAAGGAAGCUGUGUAUCACCUAAUCAAAAGCUCAUUUAUGUUAGACGGUGGAGAAUUUUAUUUUGAUAAUCCUCGAGGACUGAAGUUAAUGGGAGAUUUAUUCCACACUCUUCUAAGGGAAACCUCAAUGAAAAAUGAGACUGAGAAUAAUCCAGAGUUUCCUACGGUGGUGAAUCAGUUGCUUUCCCAUAUGAACAGUUCUGAGGACCUUUUCAAACUCAAUCAAGAUCUCAGGUCUGCUCUUCACCUCAUGAGAGAUGCGUCAAUAGAGAUAGCACGUCUCAUGGACACUCUUUUAAACUCUCCUAUUAAGGACUUACGUGCCCUGUACCCUGCCCUCCAAGAAGUUAUACUCACUAAUCUAACCGAUUUGCUUUCCUUUAUAAAUACUUCCUCCCCCCUAAGAAACAGAGCAACGUUAGAAAUUACCAAGUGCUUACUUGGUGUUAUCUCAAGGGCAAGAGUGGGUGGAGAGAGUUGUGCCCUGGACCCCCUCUCAGAAAUGUCUAGAACUCUGACCAUGCUGGUGGAUGAUGGAGCUGAAAUGAGAGGUCUCGCCACCUCCAUCACCUCCACCGUGGACCUUCUUAAGCUGGCCGAGAAAACUUCAAGAGAGGUGGCUGCCACGUUUGAAAUGCCUUUCGUCUUCACAGCCAACGACACCAUGAAAUUCUUGGACACCCUUUAUUCCAUUUUGCAACAAAGUGUUCGAGAUGUUGCCAAUGAAAUGAUUACUUUGAAAAAAGCAGAUCGUUUAAUAUUUGAAAAUAUAGAUGACUUGUUGACUCCAUUUCUUGACUUGGCCUUUGGGAUGAUUGGAAUCAAACCUGCUGUUUCCAAGACUGAUAUUUUCAAUAUGUCAUCUAGCAUAUUCACAUAUGUGAACCAGUCCAAAGAUAUUUAUGAUAUUAGGGAAGAAAUAGCUGAAUUUUUAACUUCUGUGAAAAUCAAUUUGGGAGACAUGGAACGUCUCAUGGUAGCAUUUAAUAACGGGACCCAAAUAUUUUCUGUGGAUUCUGUCAACUUAUGGGAAGAAAUCCUGGAUUGCUUAGUUCUUAUAAAUAACAUCAUCAAUCACAAAGACUUUUUAUAUUCUAAUCCAAUUUCCACUCAUAAUUUGCCUCAAGAUACAAAAGGGGAAAGAACUCGUGAAGUGAUCCUGUUUUUGCAUGAAAUACCAUCACGAAACAGCAUGGAACUAGGGACUUACUUGAGAAAGGUGAUCGACCUCACCUCAGAAGUGCUUUGGCAUAAGUUAGGGAAGGACAAGGAUGUUCUUAGUCUGUUGCUGGCAUUGGCUCCACACCCAGAUGACCUUUUGAAAACCAUAACAGCAGUUGUAAAGGCCUCCAGUGGGUUGAAAAGUGACAACAGAGGGGAUCUGAGUAAAGCUUUGCCUUUCAGCACUUCUUUGAUUCAGGAUGUGACUCACCAACAACUCAGAGAAGCAGUCCAGAGCGUGUUAAGUAGACUAGCUCUGAGUCAAGAGCUUCUCCUCAACAGCUCUCAGAAGACACACUCCUUGAGCACUUUGUUUCAGCACAUUUUUGAAACUUUUAUUAAUGCAACUCCUGGAGAGAAUAGCAGAUCAAGAAAAGAUGAGGAGACCAAGGAAGAGCUGGUUGACUUCCUGACCGCCGCGGAAGCGUGUCGGGCUUUCCCGCAGCCUCCGGAGCCCCAGGACCUCGAGGUGAUUCUGUGGAGAUGCUGGUCCAGCGCGUGCUUCUCCUUCUUGCACGUGGGCUGCUUGGGGAGAAGAGCUGCCCAGGGGCCCCGCCGGGCGGGCAGUGAGGUGUUCGCUGCCGCCCGGAACCAUGAGCUCUCCCUAAAGGGGGCGGCUGGUGAUGGGGUCAGUGAUGGACUCUGGCCAGCAGCCUCCAUCCCGCCGGCUCUCUGCUCUCCUCACCCAUCGUCCCAGGACCACAGGUGCCCCCUGCAUCCAGGCUGCCCCCGCGCCCGCCCCGCCCAGGCGCUCGGCCCCGCCCCGGAGCCCCGCCUCCAGCAGCGCUGGGCCCAAGACGCCCAAGGGCUCCCUCCAAAGCCCAGCAGCGCCCAAGGGCAACUGGACAAGAUCAGACAUCCUCCAUCUUCUCUGCGGUGCUUCCUGAGACUGAGGACAGAGCUGGAAAAGAUAGGGACCUCUCCCCAUCAGCUGAGUUGUGAAGGUCUUAUCAGGAAUCUGUCUGGCGCCUUGGAAAGCUUCAGGAGCAGCUUGGAAGAUGCCAGCGAGCAGGACUGUGAAUGCCAGCCCGGACUGGCCUCCAUGCUACACACGCACAUGUACGUUUUGACCCAAAGCCUCGAGAAGACUUUCUUGUCUGGGAAUCCCAUUAUGACUUUUCUUAGCAAAUUCACAGUAACUGGGGACGUAAAAGUAAAAGAGUUGAUGCAGAACAUCACCAAGUUAAUUGAAGAGCUUCGAUCUUCUCUCCACAUCUCAGAUGAAACUAGCAGCAGCAGUUUAGAAGCAAACGUUUCCCACUCAGAGGUACAGUUCAGUGCCCCGACGGUGGCUUUGUCUCGACGGUGCGAUGGGGACGUUCCUUGUCUGCUGCUCAAGCUCCCUGAGGAUGGAGAGUCCGGGUCCGCAGCGAGGGCGCCGCCUGUCCGGGGCCCAGUGUUGUCCCUGAUUGUGCUGAUGGGUCGGAACCUGGACCUGCGGAAUUUCGUAUACAAAACUCUGCUCGCUGCGGAAGCCAGCAGCCCGCUCAGCUCCCUGCUGGACGUCGGGUCCAGCCUCGGCCACCUGCUCCCCGGAGCCGGCCGCGUCCUCGAACACCUUCCCGAAUUCCUCCACAAACUUGAGAUCGCUGCCCUGCUGGACACGCCCGACUUCCCACGGGCUUCAGCCUUUGGUUCUUUCCAGUCUGUGAUGAAGGUGGUUUGCAAGGACCAAGCCUCUUUCUUUAGGAGCUCUGACAUCUUUCUUAACUUGCCUAGAGUUAAUGAAUUCUUAGGAGACAACAAGGAAAAAUUCAACAUUCCUGAAGAUUCAACACCCUUUUGCUUGAAGCUUUAUCAGGAAAUACUACAGUCUCCAAAUGGUGCUUUGGUGUGGUCCUUCCUAAAACCUGUAUUACAUGGAAGAAUUCUGUACACACCAAACACUCCAGAGAUUAAUAAGGUCAUUCGAAAGGCAAAUCAUACUUUUGAUUUUGUGGACAAGCUGAAGACUUUAUCUGAAACACUGCUGAACUUGUCCAGUGUUCUUCAGAGCAGCAGAAAUGGUCAGAUGCUCCACCAACUGCAGGAAGCCCUGAAAAACAAAUUUAUAAGAAGCUUUGUAGCAAGCCAGCUGCACAUUGAUGUAGACAAAAGGACGGAAAAGCUCCACACACUCGGAGGGAAGCUGGGCCAGAUGCUGAACCGCAUGGGCGCUGGACACCUCCACUCCCUGGGCCGCAUCCUGGCCAACCUGACCUUCUGUGUCCUGCUGACCCUCUUCCAGGGCCUGACCUUCACCACCUCCCUGGAGGCGACCUCAAAGGCCCUCAUGCAGAAGAACAGCUUCUUGGCCAGUAUCAUUUUUAACAGUUCCUUAGUGGGUAAGAACCUCAGAUCAGAAUCUCUCCAGCUGCCUCUCCAGGUUACGUACGGCAUCUGGACCAGCAUUUUGUACAGCAUGAGGACAGAUCUGGUGAAAAACCCUUUCUGGAAGUUCCACCCUCAGAGCCUCCCAGCCGAUGGGUUCAAGUAUAACUACAUCUUUGUCCCAUUGCAAGACAUGAUCGAAAGAGCUAUCAUCUCAGUGCAGAUGGGGCAGGAGGCCCUGAACCCGGCCGUGCAGGUACAGGCCCCUGUGUACCCGUGUCACACCAGCCAGCUGUUCUUGAACAGCGUCGGCUCCUUCUUCCUGCUGACAGCGAUGCUCACGUGGAUGGCGUCCGUGGCCAGCGUGGUCCGCAGGCUGCUUUACGAGCGGGAGAUCCAGCUGGAGGAGUGGAUGGGGACGAUGGGCGUGCCCCCCGCCGUCCACUUGCUGGCCCGGCUCCCGGAGCACAGGGCCGAGCUGACGGUGAGCCGCGCCGGCCUGGCCCUCAUCCUCGGGGUCAGCGGCGUCUUCACCUCCAGCAGCACCUGGAUGGUCCUCUUCCUCCUGGACUUCGGGGGGUCGGUGGUCACGCUGAGCUACCUCCCGAGCGCAUCCUUCGGCCGGGCGAGCUCGGCCGCCCUGUGCAGCAGCCGGCCCUACGCGGCCGUACGUCGUGCCGGCCUGCAGGCCUCCCUCGUCAUUUUUCUCUUCUCCCCCUCCAUCUGCAAGCAGUACCUCCUCUCCACAACUGUCUUUGGACAAGGAGUAUUUUUGGUUACAUUCCUUGAAGGGCAAGAGGCAGGGAUUCAGUGGGAUAAUCUGUACUGGUCUCUGGAACUAGUGGGCAUGACAUUUGGCUGGGUUUGCUGGAUGAUUCUGUUUGAUUCAGGCCUUUACUUCUUAUGUGGAUGGUACUUGAACAACUUGAUUCCUGGAACUUCCGUUUUAAGGAAACCAUGGUAUUUCCCCUUCACCGCUUCCUGCUGGCAGGAUGUGUGGGGGUUGGUGGUGAAAAGGCAGAUCACGGCGGGUUCUCACCUGUUCUUCUUCAGUGGGGACGUGGACAGUCAAGGCUCAUCCCUGCAAAAUGGGGAAGGAGAGCUGGAAGGAGGCCCCGCAGGUGUUGUCCUGCUUUCUGUGACCAAGGAGCAUGAUCACCACCAGGCGGGGGUCCGGGACCUGACCCUGACCUUCCACGGGGACCAGAUCACUGCCCUGCUGGGGAUCAACAGUGCUGGGAAGACCACUGUCAUAUCUUUGCCGAGGGGGCUCUACCCGCCCCGAGCCAUCGCGGUCAAUGGCAGGAACCUGCAGACGGAGGCACCUCGGUCAGGGCGGACCUGGGCAUGUGUCCGCCACGUCCUCUUUGACCCCCUCACGAUGCUCGAGCACCUGCUGCUGUUCUCCUCCCUGAAGACGCCACGGGAGACCCACCACGAGCUGCGUGGGCAUGUCCGGCUGUGUGCUCGUUCCGGAACUCUCCAGGACGUGGGGCUGGCGCAGCAGCCGCCCCAGCACGCCGGCGCCCUCUCAGGGGGUGCGUGGAGGAAGCUGUCCCUCGGCAUCGCCUCCCUCGAGGCGUCGAGGACCGCGGUCCUGGACGAGCCCACCAGCAGGGUGGACCCGCGUUCCCGCCGUGGCGUCUGGGACGUGCUCCUCGCAUACCGAGAAGGCAGGACUAUCGUCUUCACCACCCACCACCUGGACUAGGCCGAGGUGCCGAGUGACCGCGUGGCCGUGCUGCAGCAGGGGCAGCUCACCCUCUCCAGCCUGACCAAGGCCCACGGGCAGGGGCUCCACCUGUCGCUCAGCAAGGAGCCUUCUGUUCUGGAGGCCGGCGACCCGAAGGACACAGCUUGUGCCAUGUCUCUGAUGCAGACCUACAUCCCACAGGCAUCCCUCCGAGGCUGCAGCUGGGGCGAGCUGAGCUACACGAUCCCUGAGGAUGCAGGCAGAGCCUGCUUCCAAGGGCUUUUCCAGGCCCUGGACCAGAGCCUUCACCAACUGUACCUGAUGGGCUAUGGGAUCUCAGACACCAGCUUAGAAGAGGUGUUUACCUGUUUGAUUAAAAGCCUACCCCCCAGGAGCCAUCCGGCACUUGGCAGCCCCUUGGAGAAGCAAAUCCACCACCCAGAUGGUCACUUGGGGGGAACGGCACGCCUGCUGGCCAACCCGGUGCGGGGCAGCCCCCUGCUCUGGGCACAGACGGCUGCCCUCCUGCUGAAGCGGCUCCGCCACGCGGGUCGGGCCUGGAAGGGCACCGCCUCCGGCCUGCUGGUGCCCGUGCUCUUCGUGGCCUUGGCGAUGGGCUUGCUCGUGGUGAGGCCUUUGGCCAUCGACUGUCCUCCCCUCAAACUGACACCUGGCCAUUACGACAUGGCCGAAACCUACUUUUUCAGCAGCAGUGAGAACAGUGACGUGGAGGUCACCCACGUGCUUUUGCAGAAGUUUGGGGAUCAGGACCCGCUCUGUGCUGACUUACACUCAGACCUGGGGAAUUCUUCCUGCUGGUGCAUGGACCCCUUCUCUCACCCAGAAGUCCAGGAGUCCUGCGGCUGCCUGAAGUGCCUCAGUGGAAGCACCAGGGCUCCCUACCUGACUAACCGCCUGGGCCACAGGCUGCUCAACCUCUCCGGCCCCCCGGAGGAGUAUUUGCUGGUGUCGGAGGAAAAACCAAGGCUUGGAGGAUGGUCUUUUGGAGUGAGAAUCCCUGAUUAAGUUCAAGACGCAUAUUCAAAUAUAUCAAAACCCAGAACUUUGGCAAAGGGCCAUUAAGUUCUCUUUCUUUUUUGGGUGUGGUACCAUCAGAAGGGCUUUCAUGCCCUGCCAUCCUACCUAAGUCAUCUCAACAACCUUAUUUUGUGGAGGCUCUUACCCCUGGCAGAUUGCAGGCAGUACGGAAUCAUGCUCUACAGCCACCCAUACGGAGGAGCCUUGCUUCACGAGGACAAGAUAUUGAAUAGCAUCCACCAGUGCGUCAUCACCCUGUGCAUUGUGCUUGGAUUCUCCAUCCUGUCUGCGUCCAUUGGUGGCUGUGUGCAGGACAGGGUGACUGGGGCCACAAGGCUGUAGCACAUGAGUGGCCUGGGCUGCAGGACCUACUGGCUCACGAUCUUCCUGUGUGACAUGCUCUUUUCCUUGGUUUCUCUCUGCCUGUGUGUCGCUGUGAUCCUCACCUUCCAGUUAAUGGCUUUCACUUUCCGGGAGAACCUGGCAGCCCCGGCCCUCCUGCUGGCACUUUUUGGAUGAGCGAUUCUUCCGUGGAUGUAUCUCAUCUCCAGAAUCUUCUUCAGUUCGGACGUGGCUUUCAUCCCCUACAUCUCCCUGCACUUCCUCCUCAGCCUCUGCACCAUGCUGCUGACCGUCAUGCCCUGGCUGUUGGCCUUUUUCUCCAAGGCUCAGAAUCUGCAGAACAUCUGUGACGUCCUCAAGUGGGUCUUCACUAUUUUCCCUCAGUUCUGCCUGGGUCAAGGGCUGAUAGAACUCUGUUGCAAUCAGAUCAGAUACAACCUGACCCACAGCUUCGGCAUCGAUUCGUAUGUGAGCCCCUUCGAGAUGAGCUUCCUGGGCUGGAUCUCUGUGCAGCUGGCGGUACAAGGGAUGGUCCUUCUCCUCCUGAGGGUCCUGCUGCACGGGGACCUCUGGCAGUGGCCCAGGGGCCACUCUGCCAUUUGAGGCACAGUCACAUCUUCCAAGGACGUAGAUGUUGAAAAAGAGCAAGUGAGGGAGUUGGAAGGCAGAGCUAGUGGAGACAUUCUCGUGUUGUACAACCUCAGUAAGGGUUACAGAGGCUCCUUCAAGAGGACCACUGCCGUGCAAGAUAUUAGCUUGGGCCUACUCAGGGGAGAGUGCUUUGGGCUUCUACGGGUGAAUGGAGCUGGGAAAACCACCACAUUCAAAAUGCUGACCAGGCACCUGCCUCUGAGCUCGGGACAAGCCAUCCUCAGGACUCCCAUGGGAGAGGAUGUGGAUCUGGCUCUUGCUGGCACAGCCGGCAUCCAUGUUGGCUACUGUCCGCAGGAGGACGCCCUGGAUGAGCUCCUGACCAACUGGGAACACCUGCGUUAUUACUGCAGCCUGCAUGGGAUUCCAAAGCCGUGUAUCCCCAAAGUGGCCGGGGACCUCGUGAGACGCCUCCACCUGGAAGCCCACGUGGACAAACCUGUGUCCACCUACAGCGGGGGGACCAAGAGGAAGCUGUCCACAGCCCUGGCCCUGCUGGGGAAACCUGACCUUCUCUUACUGGACGAGCCCAGCUCGGAGAUGGAUCCCUGCUUGAAGCGGCACCUGUGGGAGGCGGUGACGAAGGAGGCUCAGGAGGGCUGUGCCGUGGUCCUGAGCUCCCACAGCAUGGAGGAGUGUGGGGCCAUGUGCACGAGGCUUGCCACCAUGGUUCAUGACAGCUUCCAGUGCCUGGGUUCCCCACAGCACAUCAAAAACAGGUUUGGUGAUGGUUAUACAGUCAAGGUUUGGCGCUGCAAUGAAGCAAAUCAACACAACGCUGUUUCCAACUGCUUGAAGCUCUCUUUUCCAGGAAUCCAGUUUAAGGGGCAGCUCCUUAAUUUACUGGAAUACCAUGUGCCUAAAAGAUGGACGUGCUUAGCCAACUUCCUGAGUAUCAAAUAUUACUCCACCAAGCAAACCCCUCUGGAGCAGGUCUGAUAUUUGUUAAAUUUUGCAACUGAGCAGCAACAAACUGCACCACCUUCUGAUCCGUCCACCGGUCGUGAGCACCCACAGAACCUGCCUGUCUAA